AUGUCUGAGAAUGUUGGCAGGAAGAAAUCACAUAGAUGGGUGAGUGCUUCGAGAGCUGCGUAUGAUGGAUCCGGUUGGAACAGCGAUGACAGCAGCGAUGACGGACUUGACCGUGACGCGAAAGAAGAGGUGCACGAGUUGCCCAAUCUACCCCGAGAAAUUAAUACCAGCGAGUUAGAAACAAGCCCUGAUCUAAGGUCAAGCUUGCCGACCACGGGGGGCACCCCAUCGCCGCGUUCUUCAUUGGACAGAAGGCGCACGACUUCUCCAGAACAAGUGAGCAGAAACCUGGACUCGCUCAUGAAUCAAAUUUCCCGCGAAAUGACUCCGCAAAGCACAAAUAACGCGCGAUUUCCAUCAAAUGACGAGUCGCUUACGCCGCACCAGUUUUCUCAUGCAUCCAAGCGAAUAUCGAGUUACGUAGACGGCAGCUUAGGCGAGUCUGACUCUGAAGAUGAUGAUCAACAAGAAUCUGGCUCCGAUGAAGAAUUUAAAGUAUCCAAGACCGGAUAUUUUGCGAAUUAUUUGAAAGCAGAGGAACCGGGGGACGAAGGCGAUAUUCAAAAGCUACAGUUGGGCAGUUCAGCUUUAGCGCCGGAAUAUCAUGUGUUCGGUGAGAGUGCGGAUGCCUCUGCUACUAGGAAUAGCAUAUCGUCACAAGGUUCUGUCAUGAGGCGCUUUGAAAAUUCGAAGAGCUCGCCAGACAAGGAAGCAUCAUCCGUGAGUAGCGCGACCAGUGGUGAUAAAAGUGUCAGAAUGGAACCAGAGGCAGAAGAACUUCGUGAAGCUACCGUCCCUAGACCCACAGAAGCACCGACCCAACAACCACCUCAGGAAGAUUACGACAACGAAUCAUUGUUCAAUCAAUAUGAAAGACACAGUGCGUUAAGUUCUCCGAGUGAGAAAAGCGAAUUUAGGAACUCUGACGUUGACUCCCCGCUACGGUCAUCACGAGCUCAAGCGUCCUCUGAAAUUUCACUGAAUAGUGGCAGCGGUUCCUCGGGCCAAUAUGCCAAGCCUGGUUCGGAUUUGAAAGGCCAAAAUGAGGAUGAACCCUUCAAAUUUAAAGCGAGGGACAGACAGUCGAUGCUCGAUAGUAGUGGUGAUGAACACGACUUUGGACCAUCAAGCUGUUCCGAUAGCUCCAAGAACACGGAAACCUUUAAGGAGGAUAACGAUUCGACGUUCAUGGAAAAAAACGACCGCAGGAGCGGUGACGAUUCAGAUGACAAUUUUGAAGAUGAAACGUCAACAGAAAGUGACGAUAACUCCAUUACGAAAACUAUUCAUGAGGGAGCGCUUACUCCUACUGUUGAUGUGUAUGCAAAUUUUUCGGCCAAUGCAGACAAGGCUAGCGUGGGAAGUGGUCAGGAGCAAAGCUCAGAACCUGCAUUAAACCGCCAAUCUAUCAAGUUAGACAAGUGGCAACCAGACAUAGACUCCCAUCGGACUGCAUUUCUGCAAGAUAGUACCCCCAAACCACCACAAGGUUUCGUUAUUGAUGAAAAUGGAGAGAUGGUAAACCUUACACCAUCUUCAAUGAGAAAUAAUGUAUCCACAGUCGACCAAGGUGAAUUGGAAAGUCACUGGGAAGCUUUUCCCUCGACUGAUGAACAAAAUGGUGACCUUCAAACUAUUACAGAUACGAAAACAAUUUAUGAUAAUCAAACUGCGUUCAAUGUGCCUGGUAUUCUCACUACGGGCGACAAUUUACCUCCCUUGCCAGACGUUUCCGUGUCAGAUUCCGAUAAAAGCAAAACGAUUACAAGCUCUGAUUCCAUUUUGAAAAAACUGGAAGGCAACAAAAAUCGACAUGACUCCAAUUUCAAAGAGAGCUUCUCUGGCCGUGAACCGAAAACGGCCGAGAUUGCACAACUCAAUGGUCAGCCUGUCCCUGAACUAAACGUGAACAGCAUAAUAAGCGCAAAGAGUUCAACUCAUAAGGCCAAAAUCACGAAAUUAAAAGAUUAUUCCGGUAGCCUCGAGGAAUACGAUUCAGGUUUACAAAGUUGGAUCAACUACGCACUCAAAACAUCAACUUCCGAUAAAGAUUUUAUAUUCCAUGACUACUCGGUCAACUCGCACGUUCGAGACGCAUAUGCCCACGCUGAUGAGUUGAGUAAAAGGGUCACCGUGAGCAGCACUGUUGCCAACGUGAACCAGAACGUUUCUCAUUUGAAAAGGAAAGUGUUUUCUCAUACCAUGAAAGAAAAAUCAAAAGGUCUGUUUUCUUCUAUCGGGAAAAAGCUUUGA